UCAAAGGACGGGCCGUGACAGAAGAUGGAGUCUGUGAGAGUGACUACGGACCACUGCAGCCGUGUUUGCUGAUCACGUCUAUUGUGGCUACAAUGGACCCUCGUGUCAUGGAGAUGAUGGAGGAAUUCAUGGAGAGCGCGUUGGUGCAGUGGGUUCAGCUCUUCGAGAAGACGGUGGAGAUGGAGAAUGGUGGCCUGUUCUACAGUCAAUAUAUGGACGUGAACUCCAUUUCCCACAAUGCCAAGGACUGCUACCUCAAGCUGACCAAUGGGAUUUUCCUCAAUGAGGUCAUGAGAAUCAUAGACCCCAACCCAAGGGUGGAGAGGCUGUACCACGGCCACAGCGACGACGACAUGCAACGGAUACAGAACUUUUCCAUUUUAAAUCGACACCUCAGAGCCUUCUACCAGGAGGACCUUCAGCAGUUAAUACUGAUGCCGCUGCCCAACGUGGCCAUCCUGGGGCAGGACCCUCUCACAGAGGCGGCCGUGGAAGAGCUGAGGCGCUUGCUGCUGCUCCUGCUAGGAUGUGCGGUGCAGUGCGAGCACAAGGAGACGUUCAUCCAGCAGAUCCAGUCCCUGGACAUGGAGACCCAGGCUGCGCUGGCCAGCUGCAUUCAGCAGGUGACUCAGGAUCCACGCUCGGUGCUGCCCCUACGAUGGGAGGAGCUUCUGGAGGUGCAGGGUGCAGACCUCCAGCUGGUUUUUGGCUCCAUGGCCGAGCAGAUCCACAGCAUGCUGGCCCAAAGAGACGCCCACCUGGAGCGCAUUGCAGAGCUUUGUCGGGAGCGAGAGACCCCUGCUGACACCCCAUUGGGUGCCCCCAAUGACCAGCCCCCCCAGGGUCUGCUGCUGCAGCUGGCAGACAGCAAGGCCAAAGCCCGCCGCCUCAAACAGCAACUGGACGACCGAGGUGAUCAGUUGUUGGACUACAAGCAAGAGAUUGAGAUGCUGGAGGAGGAGGUGACAAAGCUUCACAAGAAGAAUGGCGCCCUGCAAAAUGAGGCGAGGGGCGUGGCCGCUCUGCGGGACGAGCUGGACUGCGCUCGUGAAAAGGCUGCACGGGCUGAGCAUCUUCAGAACCAACUCCAGAGAUGCCAAGACAGACUGCGCAGCCUGGAGCUGACCCGCACUCGGCUCAAGGAGCAGCAGCAGCUGUGUGCGGCGUUGCAGGAGACCAAAGGUCUUCUGGAAGGACAGCUGGCCUCCGCCAGGGCCCGAUGCUCCUCACUGAGGGAGCUGGAGAGGGACAAUCUUCUGCUGCGCCAGCGGGUGAUGGCCAUAGAAGCGGAGCGUGACACGGAGCGGCAGCGUGUCGAUGAGCUGCUGGAGAUGAACAUGGGCCUGGAGGCGGGCCUGGAGGCGGGCCUGGAGGCGGACCUGCAGCGGUGCGGUGGCGGCAGCUUCCCUCCUCAGCGCCAUUUCCUCCAAUCAGAGGAGGACUCUGACGAGGAGCUGAUUGACCAGAAGCCUCUGAGCGUGGAGGUGGACCAGGCGUCGGCACUGAGGCUGCUGGGGGCUGAGCAGGAGAACCAGCAGCUGAGGAAACGUUUGGAGGAGCUGCAGGCCCAGCGGGAGGUCAGGGGUCAAGAGGAUUUUGAUUUCCACAACUUCAGGAAUGAAAAUGCCGCCUUGAAGCGACAGCUGGAGGAGCUCAUGGCCAAGCUGCAGCAGGUGGAAGACGAGAGGCGAGACGCCAGAGUGAAGACGUCCAAGCAAGACGAGAACAGCGACAGGGGGGUCCAGGGAUCUGAAUCCCGCAGGGGGGAAACAGCAGGAAUGGUGAGGCCGAUGGAGGAGAGGGAGCAAAGACGAGGAAUCAUUGAGACUCCAAGGGAAGCAGGGGUCGGGGAAGAGGUUCUCCAUGUUGGAGGGAAAGCAGACGAGGAGCCCCAAGGGAGAGGAGACGCUGAGGGGGACCAGAGAGACAUGCAAAAGGAAGAACCACCGUUAGACAUCCAAAAUCGAGCAGCCCAAGAAGACCCUACGGCUGUAGACCAGGCUGGGUGCAAUCUCCACCAGACCCAGAAGGAGGCCGAUAGGCCGGCGCCGGCGGCCCACGACCUGCGCUCCAAGCUGGAGGAACAGAGCAGGAAGACGUGGGAGGCCGAGCAGAGGCUGCUGCUCCUGGAGGCCGAGCUGCAGCACCUGAGGAGCGCUGCAGAGGACCUGGGGGAGGCCCGCAGGCAGAUGGAGGAUCUGCAGUCAGAGGCUCGGGCCACGGAGGAGGAGCUGUGUCGUCUGCGGAGCCAAGCUGAGCUUCACAGCAUGCAGACCACGGUCAUUGCCGGCCUGGAGGCCGAGCGGGCCGCGCUGGAGAGAGACAGGGACGCGCUACGCGGCACCGUGGAUGCCCUGCGAGCCGCCCAGCGCCAGAGCGACCAGUUAGCGUUGACCGCUGAGACGCUCAAGACCGAGCUGGAUCGACAGACUCGCACCUUGGACGCGUCUCGCCGUCGGGAGGAGGAGCUGGAGGCGGAGCUGCGUGACGCCGCCCUGGAGGCUCAAUCCGCCGCCCGAGUGCGGGACCAGGCGCUGCUGGAUGUCUCGCGCCUGGAGCAGGAUAAGGAGACGUGGCAGGCAGAGCUGGACGGCCUCCGGAAGGAAGCCAGGCAGCGGGACAGGGAGUCGGCCAGACUGAGGCAGCAGCUGGAGACCACCAACGCGGCUCUGGACCACAGCAACCAGAGGGUCCGGGCCUUGGAUGCUGAUCACAGGUGUGUUUGUCAGCAGCUGUCCGAGUCCAAGGAGCUCUGUGCUCGGCUAAGAGACCUGGAGACUGAUCUGGGCGCUCGACUGGGCAGCCUGGACGAGCGUCACCGGCAGCUGCAGGAGCAAAAUACACAAACACGAGCCAAGAUGAGCUCACUGAUGCAGGAUCUGUCCAGCGAGCAGGAGCACCGUCAGCAUCUGACCUCUGAAGUGGGACGUCUCAACCAGGAGCUCCAAGAAGCUCAGAGGGAAGCUAAGGGCGCCACAGAGCGUCUCAACCAAUCACGGGACAGAAGUGAGGAGACAAGUGGAGCCCGUCCUCAGUUAGCCAUCAACAGCGGUUCAGAGCAAACACACCUUUGUCGGACGGGCCCCCCCGAACCCCCUGAGGAUGACAAAGGUCACGACCUCGCUGCGCCGCCCCGUGAUGCCACGACGGAGACAGAGGGGCGGCUCAGCAAGAGGCUGCUGGAGCUGGAAAAAGAGAGAGCCGUGGCGCCGUCAGGCCAGGAGGCGUUGCUGUCUCGUCUGUCCCGGUCCCAGGAGGCGUGUGAGCACCUGAGGGAGCAGCUGGAGGCUCUGCGCCGACACUCGCUCGGCUUGCAGGACUCGUGCACUCGACUGCAGACGCUCAACACUCAGCUCCAGGUGGAACAAGCCGCCUCCAACUCCCAGCAUGCCGAGGUGCUGGCGCGCUGCAGCGACAGCGAGGCCAGGUGUGCAGCGCUGCGGGCGGAGUCGGAGGUGUGGUCACGGGAGCGGGAGGAGUCGCUGGCCCGGAUGGAGGCGCUGAGGAGGGACCACCAGAGAAUGACUACGCUGCAGCAGCGGCAGGAGGCGGAGCUCGAAGAACUUCUGGACAAACACUCUCGCCUGCGUGCCGGCAACCGCGGUCUGGAGGCGCAACACAGAGAGCUGGAGGCCAGCUACAAGGAGCUGCUGGAUGCUAAGAGCCAGCUGGAGGAGAGAGAGCGAGAGGUGAAACUGGAGCGAGAAGAGAUGGAAGCUGAAGCCCAUCGCAGGUCGGAAAGAGAAGGAGAGCUGGAGAGGCUGAAGGAGGACAGCGAGAGGCUCCAGGCCCAACAGAAGGAUCUGGUGGCGUCCCAGGCCGAGCUGCUGGCCCAGGGCUCCAUGCUGAGAGGAGAGCUGAGCGCCUCUCAUCUGGAGAGAACACGCCUGGAUGGGGAGCUCAGCGCCCUGAGGGAAGCCAACCAAAGUCUAGACCUCAGCAACGCCCGCCUCACCAGCCAGUACCAGCUGCUGAGCCAGCUGAAGGGCAACAUGGAGGAGGAGAACCGGCAUUUGGUCCAACAGAACCAGAGCCUGUUGGCGGAGAACCGGGCCUUACUGGAGCAGAGCCUGGAGCGCCGGGACCAGCACUAUACGCAGCAAAAAGAAUAUCAGGAGAAGCUGAGCGAGCUCCGUCGGGAGAAGCAGAAGCUGGUAGAGAAGAUUAUGGACCAGUACCGAGUUCUGGAGCCGAAUGUGCCACCUUCACCUUGGAAGGCCAAGAAAUCCAACUGGAUUGCCGACCGCAUGAAGAAGCUCAUCAAACCUCGGGGGGGAGCGCGAGAUGGACGCGGCCUCGUCACGGCCGCCGGAAGCGUGGAGAACCUGGCCGACGGCGGCCAAUCCCCGUCGGACACGCCUGAGCGCGAUCCUUGCAGCGCUCCAGGUUCUCCACGCCCUCUGAGAAGACCUCCGGUCCAUUCCCUUGCAGACAUAUCUCUUCCCGGCGACCCCGUCCCACACUCUGGCUCCAGGGGGCGGCGGAAGUUGGGCUCCCGUCACGGUUGGGGUCUGACCAGAGGCGGCGCCGCAAUCUCUCAGUCCUUCAGUCCAGGCGACCAAAAGAACCCCCCUCGCUGCCGUCUGCCGUCCAAACAGAACGCCGCCGCCUCCUCCACCGUCGUCUGGGAGAGGGAAGGAGGUGAAACGAGCGCCCCCUGCCCGGCAGAGGUCACAGGGGCCGGCCGGGAGAGCCCUGAAGAGGAGGAGGAGGAGGAGGAAGAGGAAACGAGAUGAGUGCUCGUGGUUGCUGCCGCUCCUUCGGGCAAAAUGGAAAACUACUGGGAAUAAUACAGCGACUACCUUGGAAUGAUUUUUGAUGAUUGAUGCACAUCAUGAAGUCAUGACAAUCUUGACAUAAAUCAUCAGAUGGAUUUCUGAAAUAAUACACGCUUUGUAAAUCCUGACAUUAUGAUGGAGGCCUGCAGAUCAGUAGGAUGGAGGCCUGCAGAUCAGUAGGAUGGAGGCCUGCAGAUCAGUAGGAUGGAGGCCUGCAGAUCAGUAGGAUGGAGGCCUGCAGAUCAGUAGGAUGGAGGCCUGCAGAUCAGUAGGAUGGAGGCCUCACACCCAAAAGGCAAGCAACACAAAUAGUAAAAGUACCUUUAUUAUAUAUAUAUACAUACAUACAUACACCAUGGAAUUGGAGUAUGUUUUUAAUGACCUAUAUAUUAUAUAUAUAUAUAUAUAUAUAUAUAUAUAUAUAUGUGUGUGUGUGUGUAUACCAUGGAAUUCCACAUGAAGGGUAUUUAUACAGUAUGUUUUUAAUGAGUCAUAUAUGAUAGAUACAUACGUACCAUAAAUGAUUAUACAGUAUGUUUUUAAUGAGCGAUAUAUGAUGGAGACGUACCAUGCAAUUCCACAUAGAGGGUAUUGGUCCAGGACCCUGAAGUGGUCAACACCACAGUGGCGUCAGCAGUGACGGAGUGAAGCAGCACUUAGCGCUGCAAUAAAGCUUUAUGGGAUUAUCCCAGAUGUCCCGGCGGCCCCCUGCUGAUUGAUCUGCUGUAAAUUGGCUCCCUUCAAGGUAAAAAGGAGAGGCUGUUAGAGGCCAGUCGGACUAUUAGUCAGGAAUGCUCAGUAAACACAGUACAUACAGUACAUCACCUGAUAUGCAAGAUGGAUGUACUACUGUACUUUACUGCAUAACGAUACUAUGGAUGAGUUCUGCUUGCUAACUGCUGGGA